AUGGCCGACGGGGGCAAGAAGCCGUACGUGGUGGCUGUGGCAAUCCAGGCCAUCUACACGGCCCUCUUCGUCGUCUCUAAGGCGGCCUUCGACAGCGGCAUCAACACCUAUGUCUUUAUCUUCUACCGCCUUGCGGCCGCCACCGCACUCCUUCUCCCAAUCGCGCUUAUCGACUGCACCUGCCGCCGGAGCAGAUCAACCACGGCAACACCACCGGCGCCAGCAAUGUCAUGCCGGCUGCUCUUCAAGCUCUUCAUAUACGCCUUGCUCGGGAACACCUUCACCUUGAACGUGUACAACAUGAGUCUGAAGAGGACGUCGGCGACUGUGGGGUCUGCCGCCACAAACUCCAUGCCCGUCGUCACCUUCCUGCUGGCGCUGCUGCUGCGGACGGAGUCAGUUAAGCUCCAGAGCCGUUCCGGAAUGGGCAAGCUCGCUGGAGUCACGCUUUGCCUCGCCGGAGUGCUCGUCAUCGCCUUCUACGCCGGCCCUUCCAUACGCCCCCUCGCUCACAACCCGGUCUUCGCGCACAAGCCGCACAGUGCGAGCAGUGGCUCCGAGUGGAUCAAAGGAACCUUCCUUCUCAUCGUCGCAUGUGCAACCUUGUCUCUCUGGAUCGUCCUCCAGGUUCCAUUACUUAAAGAAUAUCCAAACAAGCUUAUGACCACGGCACUGCAAUGCCUGUUUGGUGCGCUUCAGUCCUUCGUCGUGGCAGUGGUGUUUGAGAGGGACUUCACCAAAUGGAAACUUGGGCUAGACAUUGGCCUCUUUGCAGUAAUCUACUCGACCUUCUUGGGGACUGGUGCGUUAAUGUACCUACAGGCGUGGUGUGCAGAGAUGAGAGGGCCGGUGUGGAGUCCAUUGGCCUUGGUUUUCACUAUUUUGUGCUCAUCAUUCUUCCUUGGAGAAGCUGUCCGCCUAGGGAGGUAA